UGCCCUUCGAAGCUCGCCACUCAGUGGAGUCUCCCGGAAGUUCCUCUUGAAGUCUGGGGCGGAGAAGUCUUGUGCUUCACUCCUUUGACCCAGUGGCGGCGUUGCCAUGACAACACGCGAGGAAAGGGCCUUGUUGAUCCCAGGCCGUGCGAAUGGCAAAUGAGAAGCGUCGGCGAAAGGACGCUGCUGUGUGACUGCUCUAAGCUUUACAGAUUGAGAUCAAACAAUGUCCGAACCAAAAUUCCGAGAGGUGCUGCCCAAGCAAGGAAUGUUAGCAGUAGAAGAUGUGACUACAAUGGUAUUAUGUAAGCCGAAGCUGCUCCCCUUAAAAUCAGUUACACUGGAAAAGCUUGAGAAGAUGCAGCGUGAAGCACAGGAAACAAUUCGGCAGCAAGAGCUUGCCCAACAGAGUUCAAAAUCAAUAGAAUAGGGGAAAAAUAAAAAUAAUGUAUAUAGCAAUGCUUUAUUCAGCAUUAUGAUAGUUUGCUGAUUGCAACCCUGUAAAUAUUUUAAAGUAUCUUGAUUAAAAUGAUAUUUAAUGUC